AUGGCAACUACCGUGGAUUCAGUUAGAGAAAAAGCUCUCCAGGAUUAUAGAAAAAAACUCCUGGAGCAUAAAGAAGUAGAAUCACGUUUAAAAGAGAUGAGAGAACAUCUCAAAGAUUUAACCAAGCAGUAUGAUAAAUCUGAAAAUGAUCUAAAAGCUUUACAAAGCGUUGGACAGAUUGUUGGAGAGGUGUUGAAACAACUUACAGAAGAGAAGUUUAUAGUAAAAGCAACAAACGGCCCGCGUUACGUUGUUGGUUGCCGAAGACAGCUUGAUAAGAAUAAACUUAAAUCUGGAACAAGAGUAGCUCUUGAUAUGACUACACUUACCAUAAUGCGUUACCUACCUCGGGAGGUUGAUCCAUUAGUUUACAACAUGUCUCACGAAGAUCCUGGCGAUGUUACCUAUGGUGCGAUCGGUGGUUUAAGCGAACAGAUACGUGAACUGAGAGAAGUUAUAGAAUUACCAUUAUUAAAUCCUGAACUGUUUCAAAGAGUGGGUAUUACACCUCCAAAAGGUUGUCUUUUAUAUGGUCCUCCUGGAACUGGAAAAACAUUGCUAGCUAGAGCAGUUGCUAGUCAGUUGGAUGCAAACUUCUUGAAAGUUGUAUCAAGUGCUAUCGUUGACAAAUACAUAGGCGAAUCAGCGAGAUUAAUCCGCGAAAUGUUUAAUUAUGCACGAGAUCACCAACCAUGCAUUAUAUUUAUGGAUGAAAUUGAUGCUAUUGGUGGACGUAGAUUUUCUGAAGGUACAAGUGCCGAUCGAGAAAUUCAAAGAACUUUAAUGGAACUGUUGAAUCAGAUGGAUGGUUUUGAUUCUUUGGGUCAAGUUAAGAUGAUAAUGGCUACAAACAGGCCAGAUACUUUAGAUCCUGCUUUGUUACGACCAGGCAGAUUGGAUAGAAAAAUUGAGAUUCCUCUACCUAAUGAACAAGCGCGUUUAGAAAUUUUAAAGAUUCAUGCUGCCCCUAUAUCUAAGCACGGAGAAAUCGAUUAUGAAGCAGUAGUUAAACUUUCGGAUGGAUUUAAUGGUGCCGAUUUAAGGAACGUCUGUACUGAAGCUGGAUUAUUUGCGAUAAGAUUAGAAAGAGAAUAUGUAAUACAAGAAGAUUUUAUGAAGGCUGUAAGAAAAGUUUCAGAUAAUAAGAAACUUGAAUCCAAAUUAGAUUAUAAACCAGUUUAGUUGAAGAAUUUGUAAUAAUCUUAAAACUCAAUUCAAUAUAACCAAUAUAUUGGGUCAAUAAAACGAACUUACUUUAUUGUAA